AUGUCCAUGAGAGACUCGGGAGAACCUCCCAAAGCCCGCAAACGCGGCCCCCCACCUACCACCGCAACCUCCUCCACCCCCGCCCCGAAACGCGCGCGACAAUCCAAACUCGCCAAGGAGAACGACAUCACCGCCGCCGAAGAAAGCGAGAUCAAAGAAGUGUUUCACUUGUUUGUUGUUGACGACGAGAUCGAUGAGUUCCCCGACGAGAAGGAAGGGGUGAUCCCGGUGGAAGAUGUGAAGAAGGCACUUUCAGCAUUAGGCCUCCCCGCCACCUCCACCGAACUCCCCGCCAUCCUCUCCGCCCUCGACCCCACGGACACCGGCUACGUCCCCUACGAACCGUUUCUGACCGUCGCCGCCGCCAAGCUCCGCUCCCGCUCCGACGAGGCCAUGGCCGCCGAGGUCGAUGCGGCGUUUCGGCUCUUCACGCGCGGGGGUAGCGGGGGUAGCGGGAGCGGUGCAGGCGCAGGCGCAGGCGCAUCCGGUAGCAGCAGCAUCAUCACCCUCCACCAUCUGCGGCGGAUCGCCCGCGAACUCAAGGAGGAGGGGAACUUGGAUGAUCAGUUGCUGAGGGAUAUGAUCCUCGAGGCGAAUGGGGGCGCCGGGGUGGCGGCGGGUGUGACUCUGGGUCAGUUUCGGGAGGUGAUGCAGCGGGCGGGGGUUUUUUGAAGCUAUCCAUGGU